CGCGAUUCUUUGGGCUCGUUGACUAGCUACGUAACGUUUAAGGGGUGUUUUUUUAUUGCGUUACGUAACAUGUUAACGGUUUCUUGUUUUCAAACAAAAAUGCAAGAUCAAGAAUCGGAAAAUUCAUUAACUUAUGAAAAUUCCGAUAAUAGUGACUUUGUGGAAGAGGAGAUCUUAGUGUAUCUUGAUAUUGAACAAACGUCUAUUUCGGAGAAUGAAAUAAGAGAUGCACCAUGCCUUAGAAUAGUCGCAAAUGACAAAAAUUCAUUGUUGCAAAUCAACAAUCGAUUUUUUGAAGGAAAAUUUGAUUACUCAAUAGGAACACACGUAUUUUUCGAAAGGAACGAAAAUUCUGCUGUUGAUCCACUGUAUUGUCGCUGUGAUUCUGUGUACGAAUUUAAUGCAAAAACAAAUAAAAUAUUAAGCAUGAAUCGUGUCCUAUUAAAAGAUAUAUCCAUAGAAGAUGAAAUCGCUCAACAAGCUGAAUCAAAAUCCGAAGAUAAUGACUUGAAAGUCAGCAAAACUUAUGGACAAGCAUUAAAUCUGUUUUUAACACCAAAGAGAACGCUACCGAGGAAAGUCAAUGAUGAUGACGAGAAAGUUUUGAUAGAUUUAAUCAAUACUCAUUCAGAUCAGAAUAUUAUGGAAACUGAAGAAUUAAGUACAUUGACAGAAGCUAUGGAUCAAAAUAGUUUAGAGCCCGAAAGCUAGCGAAAUAAAUAGUGUAGAGCUAGCAAAUGCUAGGCUUGAUAAGAUUAAUAAAUAUGUAUGAAAUAUAAAAUAAAAUGAUAAUGAAUAAGUAAAUUAAUUUGUAAACAUUGAAGGAAAUGUUUUCG